GCAAACAUGGUAAACAAAAUGUUUCGGAAAAGGAAAGCAUGCAGACAAUCAUUCAUUCAACUUCAAAUCAACAACAGCCCACCAUUAAUCAUUUUCCAAAAAUUAACAAGGUUCCACAAAUAAAUCACAAUAAUGUUGGAACACAAGAAACUCUCCUACAAGUGCAAGAGUUGCAUCAACUUAUCAAUUUUUUACGAAAUUCACUAAUACUAUAUAAGCAAAACUUUUCUAAUCCUGCGGAUACCGGUAAUCUGUUGUUCAUUUAUUCUCAAUUAUCUGCUCUUGAAUUAUCAAGAGAUAAUACUAUGCAUGAAGCAAAUAACGCAUCACAAGAUAUUAUUAAUGUAUUACAACUUUAUUUUAAACCAUUGGAUGAUUUUUCCAAAGAAUUUAUUUACUACCUUUGGGAAUUAACCAGAAAUAUUUUUGUUCUGGCUAGUAAAGGUCAUUCAGAAACAGUAAUCAAAAGUUUAGCUAGAAUAAUUGAGGAAUUGAAUACUCAAAAGAAUGAAACACAUAUUACUAAAUCGUAUAAAAAUAUCUUUUUUAGUAAUCUUAGUGACACCAUUUUGGAAAGAUUUGACCUUUUUUUGAGCAAUUUUAAAGACGCCCCAUUGACUUUAUUAGAUAAAUUAGACUUUAUAUAUAAUGAUUUAAAUUUAGUAAAAGAUGAAAUUGAACCUCAAUUUCCUUCACAUUAUAAUAUAAGGCGUUUUUUUGUGCAAGAAUAUCACAAUCAAGUUUAUACUUGGUUGAAUGACGUUAUACAAACCGACUCGGAUCUUGACGCAGGAAUUAUUUUUAAUUUAAUUCGCUGGAUACGUCAAUAUUACCUUAAAAUCGUAAGUGAUAUGAAUGUAUCGCAGGAUUUGCUGGAACCACAGCUUUUAGAUGGCAGGGAGCAAGAGUUGAUUGAUUAUUUCCUAUCAAUUAUGCGUGGCAAAUUCCAAGAAUGGAAGACUAAUUUGAUUAAAAGUGAUAUCAAAGAUUUUAUUGAACGUCUUCACGAAUUAGAUGCUAAUCAGGUAACUGGACUUCCUGGUACACCUGUACUAAUUAGUAUGAUUAAUCAACAAAUAGAUUUAGCCAUCAUGUCUACUCAUGAAAAAAUUUUGAUCAAUGUAAUUAAGGAAUGUUGUCAAGUGAUGACAGACGUACAACAAACUUGGAUAAUCACAUUAGAAUCAGAAGUUCGUUUAUACAUAGAAGGAAGAGGUGAACCACGUCUUUUAGAAUAUAUUAUCGCAUUAGCUAAUGAUGAAUUUCUUUGCUCGAAUCAUAUUGAAAUUCUUAAAAUACGGUUAGCUCCAUUAUUUAAAUCUAGCGAAUCCUGGGAUCCUGUUAAUGAUGAACUUUGUCAUGUAAAAGAUGGAUUCUUAAAUGUCGUUACUAACGCUAUCAGUACAUCCUUAUGCAUAAUAUUCAAUGAUCUUAAAAAGCCAUUUCGUAAAAUGCAUACUUCAAAGUGGUACAAGGACGAUCCCAUGAGCACUAUUAUCUUCACGAUAAAAGAUUAUUUGAAACAUAUUAAGUUAUGUUUGAAUUCACAUUUAUUUUUCAUGAUGAUUGUUACCAUGAUUCAAAAUUUUGUGAUAGCAUAUAUAGAAUCAAUGAGGAACAAAGAUGCAAAAUAUAAUACGCCACAAUGUUUGAAUCAUAUGCGAGAAGACAUUCGCACGGCAGAAAAGUUCUUCAUACAAUAUGUUAAACAGGAUGAAAUUCAUGAAAUUCAAAGACAGUUUGACCCUAUUCAUAAACUUCAUGAUUUCUUGAAUACCUCACGCGAGAUGGUACAUGUAGAUUAUUAUUCAUUGAAAACUUUAUACGGGGAUAUACCUCGAAAAUUUCUUAAAAAUAUCUUAUCAAAUAGAUAUGAUUAUUUUACUUCUAAAUCCAUAAAUAAAAUAAUUAAAUCUAAAGAACUUGACUAUGGUGUAUACUCGGGUGAACCAACUAUAUUUAGUAUGAUUAAAGUCAAAGACGAAGAUUCGACCAAAGAACUUAAGGGAGAAUUGGAUCGAUUUAAGGGAGAAAUCCAACAAUUAACAAACGGAUUUAAAGAUCUAUAUCAUAAAUACAAAAUUAAACAGAAUAAACCUUAA